AUGAUCACCUAUACGACCGUUGCGACACUCUUGGUCCUGUCAUACGAUGGCGCAUGCAUUGUAAGCGAUAUACCUCAGCAGGUCACUUGGUUUGGCGCCUUGGCGAUUCUUUCCCAACUCAUCGUCACUUUCCUCGGAAUGUCUCCCUCAGUGCUCAAGGAAAUCUUACGGCAGUCUUCACUUAUCGCUACUAUGUCAAGGGACUCGUUCUUGAUGUUUGGAAUCAUCACCGUUUUCUCCGCCAUCAUCAUCCGUUAUGCUGCCUUGAUGGCGCAUGUCAUACCUCAGUUCUUCCUCAGCACGCUAUCCGUGAUUGGCUGCCGAAUGAUCCUCAAUAUGUUGGAAACUGCGUCAAGAGAGGGCGACACUAUACGGACUGCAUCGGUUCAUUUGUCCAUGUUCCUGGACGGUUCUUUCGUUAGCGGAGAAAUGGAAUCCUUGUAG